UGUAACAACGUAUAGUGUCUCCAUAGAUUUUGUGUAAAUGCCACCGAAAAUCAGGACCUUUAAAUGCGAAAUAUGUGGCAAUCGCUACACUCGCCCUCGCGAUGUUACCAAAAAAAGAAAGUUCAUGGCGAAAUUUCCGUUGGAUGAAGACCGGUGCAAGCAGUGGGUCAAAUUCAUUGGGAAUGAAGACCUGGUAUAUCUUCCCAUAGAAAAGUUACAUGCAUUAAAAUUUGUAUGCGGAGACCAUUUCGAAAAAAAAGCUUUUAAUAAAAAAAACAAUCGACUUAAAAGGUCUGCCAUACCUUCAAAAAAUUUAAAAGCUGAUCCACUUCCUGAUGAAAUACUGCUUAAUUUUCCUUGUCAUCUUUAUUCGAAAAGGAACAUUCCCACGAAUCUUGACCUUCUGGCGAUAGCUGACAAUGAAGUUUAUUCACUACCUCAAGUAGAAGCCAUCGCUGGUCCUAGUAACUCGGGUACAACUGGUACGAAUAAGACUGCUGCUGCUGGACUCGUACCAAAAUCACCACAGGCUUGGGUUCACUCAGACCAUGUGUAUUGUAAGGAAAAAACACCGCUACCGGCAGUUGAAGUGCAACCUGCAACGGAGGAUGGAAGUAGCAAAUUAGACAUUGAUGUAGAGACUGAUGAUCCGAUAGAGACAGAUGCAGACGCAUUUGACAAUGACUCGCCGUCCUCGCCUGUGCCAGGAAACUUACCCACUGAUACUGCUGAUGCCGAUGCCGCUGCUUCAAGAGACGCGCAGUCUGCAUUGCAAGAGGAUGAACCAGCAUUUGAAGAGGAUAAUAACCAGACGGAGAGUGACUCGAGAUUGCCAAAGGACGAAGUCAUGAUAGAUUACAUAAUUGAGCACCCGGCCUCGCCUGGACGAGAUAUUUUCGAGACUAUUGAACCUGAAGAUCCUAAGAAGGAAACAGUUUUCUCGUGGGAGAAAAUGGAGUUGCUAGAAACAGAUGACCCUGAAGAUGAGGUGCUGGUGCCCGAAACGAAGAUACCUGAAGACCCCCCGACGCUGUCCUUGUUUUGUGAGGAGCCUGAUAAACCACCAGUUGGAACGCCUAGUAAACCAGAAGCAGCAGUUGUUCCCGAGGAUGUCGUUUACCGGUGUGUGGAUUGUGCCGUGGUCGUUGAUGGGUUCACGUUCUGGUGCGUGCAGUGCUUAUGCGGCGUAAUGUGCGGCGCGUGCGCGGCGAUGUCACCACACGACAUACAUUACGUGCUGCGCGCGCCUAAAGGCGCCACACUUAGUCAAACGCAACCCGUGUUAUUAGUCAUACGAGAACAGUUGCAGAAAGAAAACUUACUAACUCUCUAUGGAACUGAUGUUGAUGGUGUGAAAGUGGAAGUGAAACUGGAGCCGGAGGAGCCUUUAUCUCCGCCCGCGCCCACGCCGCCGCCCGACUUGGAAGACCCGCUCGCCAUAGAGCCCCAUUCCGAGGUCGGGGAGUCCCAACCCGAGCCCGUGGAGCCCCAUUCCAAGGCUGUGCAGUUACAUAUGGAGCUCGAACACGAGAACGUAGAGUCCCAUUCUGAGGCCGUGCAUUCUGUCGAAGGCGUGGAGACCCAAUCCGAGGCCGUGCAAUUUUAUGUUGAGGGCGCAGAGGAUCCCGAGGAGCUCCAAACCGCAGCCGUACAAAUCUUUCACGAGGGUGUUGAGCCCCAGUCUGAGGCAGUUCAAUUUUAUCUCGAGGGUGAAGAACCCCACAUCGAGGAGCCUCAACCCGUACAGAUCUCUCUCGAGGGCGUAGAACACCAAUCCGAAGCCGUGCAAUUCUAUCUCGAUGGUGUAGAACCUCAUCCCGAGGCCGUGCAGUUCUAUCUCGAGGCCGUGGAGCGAGGCACUGAUGCCGUGUUGCUUCAAGUCGAGAGCACAGCGCCCGGCACUGAGGUGGAGCUUCAUCAUGAGGCUGUGAGGCCCGACAAUGAAGCCAGGGAGCUGCGACUCGACGCCAUAGUCGAAAAGCGUGUCAACAAGGAAACAGUCGAUCAUCACCAUCCUUUCAAGCGUCCUCGGCUCAUGGACAUCCGACCGGGCGACAAAUUAUACCCCACAACCAGCCCCAAAGUUAGCGAUGUCCAAAACCAAACUCUUAGAAGAAUUCCACCGACCAUAAUAUCACAAACUGUCUUCAGACUUCCGAAUACCAUACCUAGCAGCCGCACUGGAUCUCAAAUUCUUCAAAAAAUCCAACCUAGCGAUCUCAGACAGUCAAAAACUCUUUCAAAGUCUUCACCCACCGAGCUUUUGGUGCCACAAAAUGUGCAUAAAGGACCUAAUAUUCUUAGAAGACCAAAAGCAUUAGUCGAAGUCGGAAAAUCAGCUCUCUCAAAGCAAGAUAAGGUUCAAAACAUUGCCAAAGGUUCACCUCUUAUAAGGACCCAACAAAUAAAUCCCCGAGGGUCAGCACUCCAAGUACCACAAAACGUUGGUUUUUCUGAACUAAAAGUUACUUCAGGGCCCAAACGCUACGAAACUGUGAUCGUAAAUUCAGACGAUGAUGUAGAGUUUUUGGAUGAAGUGGUAUUGGAUUGGAACGAUAGUGAAAACGAAGUUGAGAGUAGAUUAGAUAAAGAGAAUCAGGAUGAAAAUAGAAUAGGCAAAGAAUUAGUUGGAGAUAUAGAAAGUGAAUUAGUUAAAGACGAUUUGGAAGAUAGAAUAGAUAGAUUAGACAAAGGAAAUCGGGAUGACGAUAGCUCAGAUGAUAGUGCAGAAUCCAAAGAUUCUAGUAAAGACAAAGAAAGUGAAAUAGACGACGACGAUUUAGAUGAAGAUUUUAGAAUAGAUGAACAAGACCGAAUAGACGAAGAUUCCACGGAUGAGACAGAUAGUGUUGAAGGCGUUGUUAGGAGAACAAGACACACAAGAAAUACGACUGUGGGAAGUCAAAGAAAAAUGUUUCGAACGCCAUCAGAUGCCGUGGUGCAGCUGCAGCGCCUUACCUCACUAGAUAUAAGAAACUGGACGGCCCGCAGUAAAUCGCGAAGAAAAGACUGAAAUAAACUGAC